CUACCCGACUUCAUUUUGCUGGCGGCUGGAUUUCCGGUAGUGGCGGCGGGAAAAGGGCUGCUGUUUCUGUCUAGGCCUCUGAGAGACAAAUCCGGCCCGAAUCCGAACCAUCAGAACCGCCACCAUGACGGUGGGCAAGAGCAGCAAGAUGCUGCAGCAUAUUGACUACAGGAUGAGGUGCAUCCUACAAGAUGGCCGGAUCUUCAUUGGAACCUUCAAGGCUUUCGACAAGCAUAUGAAUUUGAUCCUCUGUGACUGUGAUGAAUUCAGGAAGAUCAAGCCAAAGAACUCUAAGCAGGCAGAAAGGGAAGAGAAACGAGUCCUUGGUCUGGUGCUGCUUCGAGGGGAGAACCUGGUCUCCAUGACAGUAGAAGGACCUCCUCCCAAAGAUACUGGCAUUGCCCGAGUGCCACUUGCUGGAGCUGCUGGGGGACCAGGAAUUGGUAGGGCUGCGGGUAGAGGAAUCCCAGCUGGUGUUCCCAUGCCACAGGCUCCUGCAGGACUUGCUGGGCCAGUCCGUGGGGUUGGUGGGCCAUCUCAACAGGUGAUGACCCCACAAGGAAGAGGCACUGUUGCAGCUGCUGCAGCUGCUGCCACAGCUAGUAUUGCAGGGGCCCCGACUCAGUACCCACCCGGCCGUGGGGGUCCUCCUCCUCCUAUGGGCCGAGGGGCACCCCCUCCAGGCAUGAUGGGCCCUCCUCCUGGCAUGCGGCCACCCAUGGGUCCCCCCAUGGGGAUCCCUCCUGGACGAGGGACUCCUAUGGGCAUGCCCCCUCCAGGGAUGCGGCCCCCUCCCCCAGGUAUGCGAGGCCUUCUUUGACCUUGGCCAGAGUUUCGGAAGUAGCAAGUAGCUCCACAGAAGCGUGGGUCCGAUUCCCCAGGGCCACGUUACCACAGACCUG